AUGACAACGACAGAUGCUCGAAGUUUUUAUGAUACAAUUGAACUCAUAUCAAUUAAUGGAAUUCAAAAAUCGAAACAGAGAAUCGAUUAUAUAAUUAUUAAAGCAUUUUUAGCUGGUGUUCUUCUAUCAUUUGGUGGUCUGCUUCUCUUGAUUGUAGGUGGUGGCAGUGCUCCACUAGCUCAGAAUUUUGGUCCUAGUAUACACAGAUUGAUGCAAGGCACCGUAUUUCCUAUUGGUCUCGUUCUAAUUGUUGUUACUGGUGCUGAUUUAUUUACUGGAAAUACCAUGAUAUUGAUGAUAUCAACAUUGCGAAAAAAAACAACAUGGUUUGAUCUUAUCUUUUCAUGGAUAGUGUCAUUUUUUGGAAAUCUUGGCGGUUGUAUAUUUUUUCAGUGCAUACUUGUUUACUAUGCAGGUCUUCUUUCCAAUGAACCUUAUCGUUCAUUUACUGUGCAACUCGCCGAGACAAAAGGUAACAUUAAAUGGCAUGAAAUAUUCUUAAGAGGUAUUGGUGGUAAUUGGCUUGUAUGUCUUGCAUUAUGGUUAGCUACAAGUGCACGUGAAUUACAUUCAAAAAUAAUCGGUAUUUAUCUACCUAUCUGCCUUUUUAUUGCUGUUGGAUAUGAACACUCUAUUGCAAAUAUGUUUACAGUGCAAAUGGGUAUGAUUCUUGGUGCUAAUUUGUCCGUUGGAAAAUAUAUUUUACGUGUAUUGAUACCAGUUACGUUUGGAAAUAUUAUAGGUGGAGGAGUUUUUGUUGGUUUUGUGUAUUGGUACCUUUAUUUGGCGCAAAAUCCCAACACUGAUACUCAAAUUAAUGAUGGACUCCUGACAAGUGAUGUUUAUCAAAACGUAAAACAGCCUAAUGAUUUAGAUUCAUCUCAACAAUCGUAG